UCCACCACGGUCAUUCACCGACCUUGUGUGCUACAAGCAUGUCCCUCAAGGUGUCGUCCCUCAAGGUGUCCUCCCUCUUCUUGCUUGUCGUUUCUGUUCCUGCUCUGUCUCGUUCUAUCGACAGUAAUGAUGCUCCAAUCUUGGAUCCCGCCAUUAUCGAGGAAGUGAAUCGUCAAGGCUUGUGGAAGGCGGGAAUCAACGAAAGGUUUCUCAACGUGACGGUCGGCGAAGCUCGCAGUUUAGCCGGAUUACUCGAAGACAUUCCCAAGCAGCCCUUGUCUCCUCCACCGGUACAUCCACAGAUACAUCUUCCUAUAUCUUUUGAUGCUCGAGCACAAUGGCCUCACGCCAUUCAUCCCAUCAGAGACCAAGGACGUUGCGGAAGUUGCUGGUCAUUUUCAUCCACAGGAGUUCUGUCUGACCGGUUUGCCAUAUUUAGUAACGGACACAUUAAUGUCGUUCUUUCGCCGCAACAACUUGUGUCAUGUGACACGGCAAAUAACGGCUGCCAGGGUGGUAUACCGGCGAACGCUUGGAAGUACUUAGUGGAUACGGGAGUUGUCACUGAUCAAUGCUACUUCUACACGAGCGGCACGAGCGGCAAGAGAGGGUACUGCUAUCUCGUACAUCCUACCAAUAUCUGUCCCAGCGGCCACGGCAUCCGCCAUUUCUAUUACGCUCAUUCCGCUUACUACGUUCCCGCUACGGAGCUGGCGAUCAUGCACGAGAUCUACUACAACGGUCCAGUCGACGCGAACUUCCAGAUGUACCAAGAUUUCCACGCGUAUCGCGGAGGAGUGUAUCAACAUGUUACCGGUCAACACAUCGGAGGUCACACGUCAAGGAUGAUAGGAUGGGGAGUUAUGAAUGGAGUGAAAUACUGGCUGAUGGCCAAUUCUUGGGGACCUCAGUGGGGACUAAACGGUUACUUCAUGAUACGACGUGGAGUCAACGAGUGCGAUAUCGAGAAGGGUGUCGUUGCUGGCCUUCCAUAUUAAUUAAACUCCAUUAGCUAGCUGUUCUCUAGAGACUGCACUGUGCAUGCAGAGAGGCUGCACACGUGUACUACGUGUACUCACGUCGUUGUAAUUUUAGUCGCUGUAGCAUGUAGUUUAGUCUGGAAAAGAAUGAUUGGUACAUGUUAGCUAGAGGAAGAUGAUGCAUUUGAAAAGUGA